GGAGGCCAGAGGCGGGUCACAGGACCAGAGGGCGACGCCCUAGAACUGUGAGGCGACUGCUGCCACAGGUGCUGCGCAGGGCACCGUGUCAGCCGGUGGUGGCACCCGAGGCUCCCAAACUGCUCAUAACCCUGGACACCGAGGCCCACGGGCCGGAAAGUGGAACCCUGGGGUCGCUUGCAGCUCAGGGCCACGAGCCCUCCGGGCCCGAUAGCGCAGCCCAGGAGCCCGCUACACAGCAGGCCCCCGAGAUCCCCAGGCCGGGAGUGGAAGUCCCUGAGCUCGCCUCGGAGCAAGACGUUGAGACCACUGAGCCGGGGAGCAAGAUCCUGCAGCCACUAGCCGAGCAGGACGCCGAGCGCUGGGGACUGUGCGCAGCUGCGGGCUCCGAGCGUCCAGGGCCAGGUAGCGACUACGGCCCCGGGCUGUGUGCGGUGCCCAGCGCGGAGGCCUCGGAGCAAGGCCCAUCUGCCAGGCCUGAGACCCCAGCCUCGGGCUUAGACGCUAAGGCUUCCACGCAGCACCGGCCGCGGGUUCCCGAAAACCCCGAAGGGUGCCCCGGGGAGCCGUCCAUGGAGACGCCCAUCGAACGUGAGAUCCGCCGCAGCUGCGAGCGUGAGCAGAGCCUGCGCCGAAGCCGAGGCCUGAGCCCAGGCCGAGCGAGCGAGGAGCUCGUGGAGCUGCGCGUGCGGCCACUGCUGCACCUGCCAGGCCCCAGCCCCGCGCUCCCGCGCGCGGUGGAGCGCGCGCGGGCGGGCGCUCAGAUGCAGCGGGACAUCGAGCGCGAGGCGCACCGGCAGGCGGCGCUGCUGCACCUCGCGGGCUGCGAGCCGUGCGUCCGGCCGCCGCAGCUGCCACUAGGUGAGCUCCGGCGCUUCUUCGAGGCGGCGGCUGGGGGCGGCUCCGCUGGGGGCGACGUGGGCCAGCAGCAGCUGCCGGAUGUCGCCGCCCGAGCGCGCUCGGGGGUGCAGGUCCGGUGCCCAGUGUUGGCCCGCGCCCCGCCGCCACUCGCGCCAUCCCUCCUGGAGCAGGAGGUGCGCCUGGUACGCGAGCGCGAGCAGGAGCUGCAGCGGCAGCGGCGUAGCGUCUACGGCACCACAGAGUUCAAGGAGCCGGCGCCAAGUCUCACCGCGAGCCGGGGCGACGGAAAGCUGGCGGUGACCUGGCCCCCCCGGAGAAAGGCCCCGGACAGCGGCCAGGAGCAGGAGGGGUGCAGACCCUGAGGCUUGGAUGGGCUGGGAUCUCUGGCCGGAAGUAGCACACCCGGGCGGGGGCCUAGCAACGCGCACUCUUGACCCUCAGGAGUAGACCCGGAACGGCCUGGCUUUGUGCACUGCAAACCUGCAAUCGACCUGCACAUCCUUGAUCUUGGCCUGGUGGGACGCGCCAGCCCCUCCUCUAAAACUAUUUGGUCUUCUUUGGGAACCUGACCGCCACUUGCAGCCCUGUGAGUGAAACCGACCGCUCUCUCCACGUAACGGAACACGGAGUUAACUUUUUCUGUUAAGAGAGCCAGGGCUACCACACACCACCAAUAAAGACCUCUCCUUUCUGGGCAA